UUUCAGGACUGUUGACAUAAACUGACAAAAUGAGCAACGAUACUGAAGUGGAUAUGAAAGAUGUGGAGCUCAAUGAGGUGGAGCAGGAGAAGCAGCCCAUGACCGAGGGGGAAGCUGGAAAUAAUUAUGCUAUCUCGCCUGUAUCCGAGAAGAAUGGCAUUGUAAAGGUGAAGAUUCCAGAUGAGGAGAGCAAAUUCACUGGGUUAUCCAAAGAAGAACUCAUGAAAGUAGCUGGAACACCAGGGUGGGUUAAGGUUCGUUGGGCACUUCUUAUCCUGUUCUGGCUUGGUUGGCUGGGCAUGCUAGCUGGUGCGAUUGCCAUCAUUAUUCAAGCUCCUCGAUGCAAGCCCCUCCCUGAGAUGAACUGGUGGAACUAUGGACCACUGUACCAGAUUGGAGAUGUGAACUCCUUUACAAAGUCUUCAGAUCUGAAAGGUUUGGCUGAAAAGGUUCAGGCGAUGGAUGAGUUGAAGGUGAAGGGUCUGAUCAUUGGCCCGAUCCAUGUGUCCAGUGCCGAUGACGAUGCUGCUACAGGUGGGAGGAAAGCGCUCUGCCCUGGGCCUGUUGGCCAUCAGGAGGGUGUGGAGUAUGACCCGCUCCGCCCAUACCGCACCCCAGACACUGGAAUACAAACCCAUCAAAAAGGUCAUGGUGGCCAACAGAGUUAUUGA